GUAUUCAACGGAUAACUGGAGAAAAAACUGCUGUUUGCAAGCACCACAACCCAACCCAACCACAUGUUUUUAGUGACGGAUUUUGUUCGUAACUUAGUAUGAACAAGAAGAAGAAGAAGCUGCUACUGAAUAUCGUUUAAAAUUUUCAAAAGGUAAUUAGAAAUGGCAGCUUUCCCUUCAGCAAGAAUGUGCCCACUCGCCGUUUCCAAAUCAUCUGAAAGAUACAAUAAGGGGUUUCAAUCCGGGUGUCGUGCCAUGCUUUCGUUUGAGGAACAGUCGCCGCGUAGAAGUUUAAUUAUUGGAGGUUCUUCUGCUUCUGUACUUGCAUUCUUGAACUUGAGCUCUGAGUUAAUGUUGUUACCAGCAAAUGCCGAUGAGAAGAACUCGAAUGCUACCGAGGAAGAAGACGAGGGUUUAGGCGGGGCUUUGAAGUCCUUGUUCGAUCCUAACGAGAAAACAAAAUCGGGUAAAGUUCUGCCAAAGGCUUAUUUAAAAUCCGCUAGAGAGGUUGUGAAAACACUUCGUGAAUCGGUAAAUGAGGAUACAAAGAACAAUGCUAAGUUUAGACGAACAGCUGAUGCAGCAAAGGAAUCGAUCCGGGAAUAUUUGAGUAGUUGGAGCGGCCAAAAGACAGUUGUCAAUGAGGAAUCCUAUGUUAUGAUCGAAAAGGCGAUAAGAUCUCUUGCCGGCUUUUACUCGAAAGCGGGCCCGUCUGCAUCGCUUCCAGAAGAAGUCAGGUCCGAAAUAUUGAGUGAUCUCAACACAGCAGAAGAUUUUUUGUGAAAUUGCUCUCGGUGUGAACACAAAGAACCUAUUUGUGUUGCUAGGUUCAAUUUACCCUUCAUUUCAUGUAUAUAUAGCCUUAAUUAAUGGCCUAUAUAACUCCCUUCCUGAAUAAAACUCUGUUACAGAGCUUAUUA